CACACACACUCCACCCCUACUCAAUUGCACGCCACCUUACGGAGGUAAAGUCAGAUGGUGUCCUACUUUUGUUUGCCGGCUCUAUAAGAUGCUGUGUGGUCAGAAAAUCGUCACUAGGAGAAAACUUGCACUUUCGCUGGCAGUAUUCUGGCGGUAACGAUACCGAACAUUGGCAGAGAAAGGAUCUGAAUAAGAGGAAGACCCUGGCUGAAAAAAGAUCAAGUUUUAAAACUGUUAAAGUUGCCAUAAUCAGGUUUUACUUGGUGACAGAACGUUAAGACUUACCUGACUGUAAACGCCUUUGUGGUUCUUGAAGUUAACGACUAAAAGCGAGUUGAUCUCCGCUUCUCAAGAUGAUGGAAGAAGGCACGUCUCCUGUUGCCGAGUUUUAUCAGGAUCGUGCUGUCCUGAUAACGGGAGCAACAGGUUUUAUGGGAAAGGUAUUGGUUGAGAAAUUGCUUCGAUGUUGCGGUGGAGUAAAGACUAUUUAUCUUUUGUUGCGGUCUAAGGGAGGCCGGGAACCAAGAGAACGGAUGGAAGAACUUCUUAAUGCUAAGAUUUUUGAUGAUAUUAGGAAAGAGCGACCCCAUCAGCUGUCAAAGCUGGUCCCAAUUCAUGGGGACAUAACUCUUCCUGGCCUUGGCAUACGACCCUCUGAUGUUACUCUCCUUGCAAAUGAUGUCUCUGUUGUUUUUCAUUCAGCAGCCACUGUCAAAUUUGAUGAACCUCUUAAGCGUUCAGUAGAGAUGAAUAUUUUAGGCACACGUAGACUUGUAGAACUCUGUCACAAGAUGCCUCAUUUGGUGGCACUGAUUCAUGUUUCCACAGCAUAUUGCAACUGCGACAGAGAUGAAGUGGAUGAAAUAGUAUAUCCCCCUCCAGCAAACCCACAAAAAGUUAUAGAUGCUUUAGAAUGGAUGGAUGAAGAAAUGGUGGCAUCAAUCACACCAAAACUUCUGGGUGAUCGUCCUAAUACAUACACAUACACUAAAGCUCUUGCUGAAAAUCUUCUUGUAGAGGAAUGUGGCAGUCUACCUGUGGCGAUUGUCAGACCCUCUAUUGUUACUGCAGCAUGGAAGGAACCAUUCCCAGGCUGGGUUGACAAUUUUAAUGGACCUACUGGCCUUAUCGUAGCUACAGGAAAAGGUGUUUUAAGAUCAAUGUUAUGUCGACCAGGUGGGACUGCUGACAUCAUACCUGUUGAUGUGGUUAUCAAACUGAUUGUUUGUGUUGCAUGGUAUACAGCUACACAUAGACCAAACAACAUUGUGGUUUACAACUGUACAUCUGGUUCUCAGAAUCGUUUAUCAUGGGGAGAAGUGGAAUCCAUUGUUUUUCCCUUAGUAUAUACACACCCAAGUAGGGAAGUGUUGCGAUAUCCUGGUGGAAGUUUCAAGAGUAACCGUGUUUGGAACCAGAUACAUGUCUUUAUUCACCAUUUAAUUCCAGCUCAUCUGCUUGACUUUGUUGCCCGACUUAUGGGCCGGAAACCAAGCCCUGGACUAGAAAGAAUGGUACAACUGUAUUCUCGUCUCAACCGAGCUGUAAACUGCUUAGAGUACUUUACAACUCACGAGUGGACAUUCCAUAGUAGCAAUGUUCAGACUUUAUACAAACAACUAGUCGGAAAGGACAGAGAGAUUUUUGACUUUUCCAUCAAAAGUCUUGACUGGCCAAAAUAUUUUGAAGAUUAUGUUCUGGGAUCCAGAAAAUUCCUUUUAAAGGAGGACCCAUCCACACUUCCAGCUGCUAGACGAAAUCUUAAAAGGUUGUAUCUAUACAGUCAGCUGGCAAAUCUUAUCUUCCUCCUGGGAUUCUGGAGGCUUCUAAUGGUGCGAUUUGCCUCUGCCAGACGUCUAUGGUGGUUUAUUCUGUCCAUUGCAAUGCGAUGUUACAGGCUAAUUCCAGUCUCUUUGACCUAGGGAAGGUUCUACCAAAUGCAAAGAGAGAGAAAUUUUUGGAUCUUACAGGUGAAGCAAGACUUAGAAGAGAGCACCUUUACUUAUUGCUUUUUAUUUAUAAAAAGCAAACUUCAGUAAUGGGAACCAACGAGGUGUAGACAGUUUCUCUCAUAGAAGUAGGAUAAAAAUGGUUAUUCUUAUGUGUCACAUGUAAUAUUUAUAGAUAUAUAUAUAUAAUUUGCUUUUCUCUGUAAUUAAAUCUUGUGACAAUUUCAUUACAAUAUGAAUGUUUUGAUAUUCGUGCAUGCAUCUUUUUUUUGGGGAAUAAAUUAAACAAUAUUAGAUGUUUAGCAAAUAAACAACAACCUAAUUAAGUUCUGUUUUAGACCGUUUAACAGAAUAUGAUCCAUGAAUAUUUAAGUUAUGGAUCCAAGUUGGUGCGUAAGGGCAAAGUUAUCAUUCUAAGCUGGUACUGGAUUCUAAUAACGUUUUUCAAACCAAUAUUAAUAUUGAUUAAUAUUAUCACAAGUAAAAAAAGAUUGUUUUAAUUGAAGAGACUGUCGGCCUAUUAUAAUUUUUUUUUCGUUAUAGUUUUUAAUUAAUUUAGGAUCAUUUUAACAUCUGGGAAGGAUUUUAUGGAAUUAAUUAGUCUAAAAUAACUCUUCCUUAUAAGAUUUUAGAAAGUGGUUUCUAGCAGUUAUUUCCCUAUAGCACUUGGCAAAUGAUUUUAUCAUAUUUACCAAAGAUUUACAUUUAUUUUACCUCAUUUCUGUUUAUUUAUGGUUGAAUUUUGUUUUCACAAAUAAAAAUUAUAAUCUUUUUAAAUUUGUAAAAUUAUGGGAAAAAUGAACUGAUUUGUUUGAAUAAGAGAAAUAUUCUGUCUAUAUAAAUGUAUAGUAAAUACAGCAUUUUAAUUAGAAUUUGAACAUAUUUCAGACCUUAAGCUAAAUAAGAAACACCUUUCUUUAAUGCUGUUGUUGUUUCUGGAAUUAGUGUACUUUAACACUGAUUUAUAUUAAAUUUUGUCUCUAGUUAAAAGUUCCCUGUGAAGUGUUUUAUGUUUAUGUAUAGCCUUUUCAAAAUAAUAAAUACGUAGCAAUGUUUCAA